AUGUCCAAGCACGUUUUUCUCACGGGACCCCCAGGAAUUGGAAAGACUACCUUGAUCCAGAAAGUGACUCAAGCUCUGAAAUCCUCGGGCGUUCCCAUUGAUGGAUUUUACACAGAAGAAGUUAGAGAAGGUGGCAGGAGAACAGGGUUUGAUGUUGUCACUUUGUCUGGAAAACGAGGACCUUUAUCUAGGGUCAGUUCUGAUUCUUCUACGUCAAGACGCGAAUGUCGGGUUGGACAGUACGUUGUAGACGUUGUUUCGUUUGAGCAGCUGGUUCUACCUAUGCUGAGAAAUGUAAACCAUGGCAGCGAUGCAGAGAAAAAGAUUUGUGUCAUAGAUGAGAUUGGUAAAAUGGAACUCUUCAGCCAGGCUUUUAUUCAUGCUGUUCGUCAAACCCUGACUGGCUCCGGGACUGUGGUGCUUGGCACUAUUCCAAUACCUAAGGGAAAGCCACUGGAUCUUGUUGAAGAAAUAAGAAGUAGGAAAGAUGUUACAGUGUUCAAUGUUAGCAAGGAAAACAGAAACAGCAUUUUGCAAGACAUCUUGGCAGCUAUAGAGUCGUGCAGAAAAUGA